CAGUCAGACAAGUUACAUGCAGUUCAAACAACCGGGGCGGGGGGGCAGUUAGUUUUAUCUUUUUGUUUCAGUUUUGCGGGACAGUGUCACUAGCAGCGAGCUGUGAGACGUCUCCGUGGGUCGUGUUUAGCGACAUGGCGGUGAAUAAGUGAAGACUGAAGUCAAACACACUAGCCUAGUUAGCUCCAGCGCCAGCCGUCCCGACGAGACACAGAAAAUCAUUAACUCGACUUGACUCUCUCUGGGACGGUGAGCUGCUCGGCUGCUCGGCUGCCAUGGUGAGCUGCUGUUCCGAGUGCACCAACCACACCUCAAACUGGGCGGGACACUUGUGUCACUUGUCGUCAGCACAGUUGUUGGACUGUGUGUCCAGCUGGAAACCCUCACCGUGUCCGUGUUCUCUCUCUGUUCCCUCCCCACGCCCAGCUCCUGUCCGGCUGAAGCCCAGCUUGCCUGCCUGCCAGAGACUCCCCUGGUCCAGCAUGAAGGCCCACGGGUCCAGGCUCUCCUUCUACGCGGGCUUCGCCGUGGGGACCUUCACGCUGUACGUGUUCCUGCGACAGGUGUGGUUUGAGAGGAGCGUGACGGGUCAGCAGCAGGCCGGCGGCUCGGCUCUGCUCCACGACCACCAGCACCAGGUGGAGGAUGAGAAGACCAUAUGGAAGAAGGAGAGAUCUGCUCUGUUUAACCUCAAACACCCCCACCAUAGAGGUGAAGAUAGUCAAAUGGCUGAUGAGUUGUACAAGAAGGUGCGCAUUCUUUGCUGGGUUAUGACUGGACCGAACAACCUGGAGAAGAAGGCUCGGCAUGUGAAGUACACGUGGAGUCGCCACUGCAAUAUAGUGGUUUUCAUGAGCUCUGUGGACGACCCUGACUUCCCCACAGUGGGAUUAGGCACAAAGGAGGGUCGCGAUCAGCUUUAUUGGAAAACAAUCCGGGCCUUCCAUUAUGCCUAUGAACAUCAUGCUCACGAGGCCGACUGGUUCCUUAAGGCUGAUGAUGACACCUAUGUAAUUGUGGACAACCUGCGCUGGAUUCUUGCAAACCACACGCCUGAGGAGCCAAUUUACUUCGGCCGGAGGUUCAAGCCUUACACCAAGCAGGGAUACAUGAGUGGAGGUGCGGGCUAUGUACUGAGUAGAGAGGCUCUGCGGAGAUUCGUGGAAGGUUUUAAGGACAAAGUGUGCACUCACACGACAUCUGUAGAGGAUCUGGCAAUGGGGCAGUGUAUGGAGAAAGUUGGGGUGCUGGCAGGGGACUCCAGAGACACUUCACAGAGGGAGACAUUUCACCCCUUUGUUCCUGAGCAGCACCUCACUGCCAAGUUCCCAAAGAGCUUCUGGUAUUGGAGCUACUGCUACUAUCCCAUCGCAGAGGGUCCAAACUGCUGCUCGGAUCUGUCGGCGUCUUUCCAUUAUGUAGAUGCUGGAGGCAUGUAUUUAUUGGAGUACUAUGCCUAUCACCUGCGUGCCUUUGGCUACAAAUACCGGUUCCAGCCUCCAGCCCCAAAUGGAAUUGACCAGUCUUCUCAGGAGAAAAAGCAAGCAGAGGUGGAUAAUUCUUCCAGGACUGACCAGAGACAGGAUGCAGAUCACGCUCCUGCAGCUGGUAAAGAAGCUGCUGCGGCUCCAGCAGCCAAAUGAUACCAACACUGUGUAGGUGUGUUAAGGGAACUGAUUAUAAAGCAGGAAGUAAGAGUGAGUGUUUCUGAGUGAUUGCCUAUUGGUUCUGAUAAUAUUGGCUCAUAUUUCUUUAAAGGCAUAAAAUUGGUCUGCUUUUAGUUUCCCUUCGUGCGAGUGCUUUGCCUGAGGAUUCGUGACCUGAAGGACUGCUGGUAAAGUGAACUGUGACUGCAAGAAUGCCCCUCAGGUUGAGAUGUUUUGUAUGACUUUUAUCCAUGUUUUUCAUCUUUUUAAGUGGUUGUUACAACAAGUAAUCUUUUUUAUGGCAGGGGAUACAUUUCUAUAAGCUGUGUUCACUUUGAAACUAUAGUGAGUUGCUUAUUUGAUGUUUGAUGUUUUAUUUCCCAAAUGUGUUUUAAACAUUUUUAUUUUAUUUUUGUCCUUAUUAUUCCUAACUACUGCAGUCACACCCAAACUACCACUUUGUUCUUGACUUGCUGGAGUUGUUUGACUUCAUUCCGUACACAGAGCGCUGUGUAUCUGUUGGUGGGGCCCCGGUUGUGUGCUUGGAGCUGUUUAACAUCAUUCAUUUGAAACAUGUUAAAACAUAUUCGUUUUCAGAUUUUUGGUCAGUAAGGUUUAGCAUGAGCUACCUCUCAAAGUUGAUGUUGGCUGUGUUCAAAAGGCUGUUUUUCUUUAUAGAGGUAAAAGUAACAUGUCAGUGUUGUGUGUGUGUGUGUAUGUGGGUGGAUGUAUAACUUUUUAUUGACAUUUUCAGUCACAUUUUAUUUACAUUUUGAUAAAUAAGAUUUAUCUCAUAUGAAGGACAUCAUAUUUUUUUUCUUAUUUGUGUUUGGAUGACUUAGCAAGUGCCCAUUGCUUUCAGAUAAUUGUUUAUAAUAAUAAUUUUUUUGCAUUAUUGUAUGAAAAGUAAUGUAAUUAAGAUGCAAUUAUCUAAAAGUUACAAAUAAUCCAUUAUUAAUGGAUAACUUCAGGUCUGUGAUGUAUGUAUAAAAGCAAAGGUAAUUUUGCUGCUUGGUACUAUCAACGCAGAAGUUUCUUUGGCCUCAAACACUUAAAUAUUCAUAUGAUCCCAGCAUUCAGAUACAUAGAUGUUAUUAGACUUAGUUAACUCAGUGUCCUGUUUUAUUAAUUAUGCUUGGCUCAAACAAUGUAGCAUAAUACUUUCAUGAUAUGUUUAAAAUGCUCAGAUUAGGUUUUCUAGAAUGGUGUACCAGUGCACACUUGAGGGGUUAGGACUAUAUGUUGUACUGCUAUUUGGUUAAACGGAGGAAAGAGAUCAGUUGUUUUAUCGAAGAGUAUUUAAUAAACUGGCCACUGAAUGUAUAGCCAACAUGUCCCCUUACCAAAACAAUGUAAAAACAGCAGUGUACGUAGUUCGCGGAAGAGCUUUGAUGCACUUAAACUUCUUAAUAUCUUACAGAAAUGUAGGGAGGCAAAGUCUAAAUGAUAACAUUUCUGCAACCUAGCCAAAGAUUCCUAUGAUGGAGGAGACUACUCUACAAGCAGAUAAGAUGUCAUGUUUCUGUAGGUCUUCUCUGUUGCUUUUGUGGUGGUUAGAUGAACUGGUUGAAGAAGUAGCGAGUCAAAUUAUGUUUUUUGUUUUUCUUAACAAUGAAACUUGAUCUCCAAAUCACGCAUCGCACAAAGCUGUCUGUCUUUACUAGCUGGAUACACAUGCUUUCCAGUUUCCCUGCUUCCUCCACCCCCAGUGAACUCAUAAGCUUGUGCCUUGUAAACUGAGAUUGUAUGAGCCAUCAGCUGCACACGUGACUUUGCACUGUGACAUUACCACAUUGAGGGGAAGUUGUAAUAUAAUUAAUGUUGGUCUUACAGUGAAAUGUGUAUGGCCUUUGGAGCAAGUAGAUGACUGGUUUCAUUUUCUUAACCCCCCCCCCCACCCCCCGAUACUGCUUAGGUUUUAGCAUAUUUUGGAUUGACAGGACCAUUUGUUUUGUAGUACAUGAUUUAUAGUUCAGUGCAUUCACAAUAUUUGCUUUAGUAAUUUGGAACCAGACAAAGGCCUACAUUAAUGCUAUCGGAAACAAUUAUUUUGGCGUUUGUGAAAUUUGAAAGCACUUUUGAAAGGAACUGUUGCUGUUUUUAUCUUAAAACCACUUAAAGCCUUUUUCUUCACUGUAAAAAUGUCUGAAAUAACAAUUGCCUAUUACAAUACAAUGUAUGUUUACACUUGGUUUAUGGCUAAGUGCUAAGUUUUUUUUUUUUUUAGUGUUUUAAAACGGAAAAAAAAAACAAGUACUGAAAUUAAAAAAUGUCAGUCUUAACCAAAUCUGCAUGUUUUCCAUAGCGGUUUAUUUUGAAAUGAAUGAACCCUUGUUUAAUUGACACGUUUGCUGGCUCAGACAUCAACUACUACAUCUGGUUUCCAGUGGGACUGAUGCCUCAUACACAGUUGUUGACAAUCUUCUUAAUAUUAAAAAUUUAUCAAAGGGAAA